GCUUAUACGCUUGCCCAUCUCUAUGUGGCAGCGGCUGCAGUGGUGAAAAUUUGAGAGCAGCCUUUUUUACGUGUAGUUUUUUUUAAUUGCAUAUGAAGGCACAACAAAAGGAACACCAAAAUGUCAUAUCCACCGCGUGCGCCGAUGCCGCCAUAUAUGAAUGCGUCAAUACCACCGCCGCAUCUGAUGCCUCCCAUACCCCCGCCACGCAGCUAUCGCAACUCGGCGACGAUCAGCUCACAGCCAACAGUGUAUCAUCGACCGCCAGAGCCGCAGCCUCAGUUCCGUGGACCAGUCAUCACUGUCUUUGUGGGCAACAUUAGUGAACGCGUCCCGGAAUCGUUGCUGAAGCGCAUAUUGGCCACCUGUGGCGUUGUCAUCAAUUGGAAGCGUGUCUCCACGUUCGGAUUUUGUGAAUUCGACGGUCCCAUUGCGGCGAUGAGAUCUGUGCGGCUGCUCAGUGAACUGGAGAUUGAUGGUAAGAAGCUGGUGGCUAAGGUGGAUGCUAAGAACAAAACGCUAAUAGAGGAUUACAAGGAGAAGGAGUGCAAGAAUGGCGAAGGCGGUCCCAACGCCAUGGAUGAAAAGACUGAGGACGAGUAUGCCACCAGCCAGAUGCACGAGCUGCUCGAGGAGCACAAGCACGAAUUCGAGGGCUUCGAUGGCAGCAAUCGCGGCGACCUCUAUGGCAGCAGCAGCAGUAGCAAUCGCAACAAGAAGACGCGCCGCGGCGAAGAUGACAUCAAGAUCAAAUCGUUGAACGACAAUGCGCUCGAGGAGGAGAAACGCAAUUUGAUCAGCAGUGAGAUUGGCAAGUUCCGCAAACGUGCCGAGGCCGACGAGCACCGCAAGGAGCUCGAGAAGGAGAAGGAAAAGGAGAAGCAGCUGGCCAGUAAGGAGAAGGAAAAGGAGCGCGAGCGUAAAAAACAACAGCGCGAAGCGGAGCGCAAAAGCAACAGCAGCGCCGCCACCGGUGCUACCAGUGCGGGCGCCAGCGCUAGCAAACCCUCUGCGGUGGGCAGCGAAGUGGAGGAAAUUGUGGAAAUCACUGACAAGGAUCAGCCCAGCAAGGACUCAGUCAAUCAGCGCAGUCGCAAGGAUUCGAUAGUCACCAUCGAUGAGUCGCCUGCGCGCUUGUCUAAGGAUCAUAAGGAGCGCACCACCAGCAGCACCACUGACGCCCACAAGGAGGGACGACGUCGCGAUCGACGCUCCAAGUCGCGCACCAAGGAACGCGAUCGUGAACGCGAACGUGAGCGUGAUCGUGACCGUGACCGUGAUCGUGAGCGUGAACGCGAAAUGAUGCGUGAACGUGAGAUGCGUGAGCUGCGCGACAAGGAGCGUGAGCGUGAGCGUGAACGUGAACGGGAGCGGGAGCGUGACCGUGAGCGGGAACGUGAACGAGAACGCGAGCGAGAGCGCAUCGAGAUGCGUGAGCGGGACAGAGAGCGUGAACGUGAGCGUGAGCGCGAAGAGAAGAUCAUCAAGCCGGUGCGCGAUGCUCGUCGCGAAAAGGAAAUGGAGGAGGAGAUGCGCGAGCGCAAAAAGGCCGAGAAGAAGGCGCGCGAAAAGGAGGCCGCCUACCAGGAGCGUCUGACCAACUGGGAGAUACGCGAGAAGCGCAAAGCCAAGGAGAACGAAAAGUAUCGCCUCAAGGAGAUGCUGCGUCAGGAGGAGCGCGAAAAGGACGCCAAACGCUUGAAGGAAUUCGUUGAGGAUUACGAUGACGAACGGGACGAUGCACUCUACUAUCGAGGCCGUGAGCUGCAGCAACGCUUGGCGGAGCGGGUGCGCGAAGCGGAUGCCGAUUCGAAGGAUCGCGAAAAGGAGGCCGACGAACUGACCGAGUUGAAGAACAAAAUCUUUAGCGGCGAAUAUGAGAAUCCUUCGCAGGAGUUCGAGAAGGCGCGACGUGAAAUCGAAAAGCUCUACGAACCGCGUAUUCUGAUCAAUGUGAAUCUGGAGGCGCAGCGACGUGAUGCCGAGACACUGCACCAGGAGCAACAGGAGCAGCAGCAGCUGUUGCAGUCAGAGCGACGCAAGCAACAGCUGAACGACGAUUAUGACAGCCGAGACAGCGUGAUUGGCGUAGGAGGUGGUGCGGUGGUGCACAAGCCGCCGCCAUCGGAGGAUUCCAUAUCGACAAACGAUGAUCGCGCCUCUAUGGCCGACACGGCCUCCAAUGCCAGCGGCUAUUCCCAUCUCAAGAACAGCAACAACAACAACAUAAGCAACAACAGCAAUCCAGCUGGCGGCGGAGGCGGCGACGGCAGUGUCAGCCGACAGAAUAGCGAGUCCAGGGACUCAUUAGCCAACAUCCAUACGCCUACAAUGAAUGCCAUAGAGAAUGACCAUCAGACGGUGGCAGCAGCCGCUGCGGCCGCCUCGGCAAUGAGCAUGCCGCUCAUCUCUCUCACCCUCGGCAACAGUCUCAAGAAGAAGGUGAUCGAGACAACGGGCGUCUUUACCAACGAUGACGACAACGACGAGAACAUCAAUCCCAAGAAGCGCAAGCUGGUGCCUUUAGAUUAUGAUGACAAUAUAAGCAAUAGCACAUCAUCGAUAAGCGCAUCACAGACGGCUGCGGAGCGUCAGAGUUCUGCUGUAUCAGCGGCGACAGCUGCUGCCGCUGCCGUUAGCCAGAAGAUAGCGAAUGCGGGCGGUGGCAAUGGAUCUGGUUCAGCAUCCUCCGGAUCAAGUGGCAAGAAUAGCAGCAGCCAGCAUGGCAAGCAUGGCGGCGGCAGCAGCAGCGGCAGCGGUAGCAGCGGUGCCAACAAUGCCGGCAGCAAACACCAUGGUAAGAAUGAUGCAGCUGCAUCUGCGGGUGGCGCAGAUGCCGCCGCGACAAACACCAAAAAGGAUGAGAAUGGUGCAAAGGUGCAUGAUGAGAAACGUCGGCAUAUAAAAAGCAUUAUUGACAGGAUACCCACACAAAAGGAGGAACUAUUUAAUUAUAAGCUUGACCGCAACGAGAUUGACAGCGGUCUAAUGGAGCGCAAAAUACGUCCAUGGAUCAAUAAGAAAAUCAUCGAAUAUAUCGGUGAGCCGGAGCCAACGUUAGUGGACUUUAUAUGUUCCAAAGUAUUGGCCGGCAGUCCGCCCCAAAGCAUAUUGGACGAUGUCCAAAUGGUGCUGGACGAGGAGGCUGAAGUGUUUGUGGUGAAAAUGUGGCGUUUGCUCAUCUACGAACUGGAUGCCAAAAAGAGUGGCAUCGCUGGCAAGUAGAUGACAGACAGAUGUCAGCGCCUAUAACGGAGACGUUGCUAUAACUUUAAGUUACAUUUGUAAUGCCUAGAUACUAUACAAAAACAAAAAAAAAAAAAAAAUACGAAAAAAAAAAUCAAAA